AUGCUCGAGCAUGGAUAUAUGGCACUUACACUCUUGCAGCUCGACCCGGAGCUUGAUUCGGAUGCGUACGCGGGGCCAGUCAUCAACCGCGACUCUUUUGACCUGAAUGCCUACCGCCGCGAACUUUCCGGUCGAAACAUACCCUCUUUCCCUUCCCACAAACCACUCGAUGCGUCCAAGCCGGGCCAUUACCGUACCACCGAGACAUCUUUCAAUAAUGCCGACACUCCCGAAUCUUUCUUGAGGAGGUUCUAUGCUGAGCUCUCCCCGGCCACGUCCCUGAACCACGUUGUGGACGAGAAAGACCAUCACAAUCAAAUCAGUGUUGCAGGAAGUAUGAAGUGGAUGGGUAUCCGGGACGAACACUGGCGAUACCAUGGGAGAUCUUCGCAUAUUGACCUUGUUGCAACCCUUUCGGGGCUCCAACGAAAUACUGCAGGGCGACACAAAGAAUUUGUGGCGGAAGUGAUCAAAACCAAGAGGCCAGAAUUUUGGGAGGUGCCGGAAUGGGAGGUUGUUGUUGCACAAGAAGGUGUGCAGAGUGUUGAUCUCGGUCCUUGGCCUGAUGAGGGGCUGAGUCAAUCAAUUAUCAACGCCUAUUUCCGCCACAUCAAUAUACAUCUGCCUCUGCUCGACAAGAAGGACUUUCAGAAUCAGUACGACACUGGCAAGUGGCGAGUCAACAAGGGAUUUGCCAAACUAUGUCUCCUUGUCUUUGCAUGCGGCUCUCGCUUCGUUGACGAUGCGCGUGUACUAUGGCCUGUGGAACACAACAAGCCCGUGGGCCUCCCGCACCACAGCUCCCAGUACACACAACGCCAAUCUGCUGGUUGGGGCUAUUUCCUCUCUUUCUUGAGGACAGGCAAAAGCAUCGCCGAAGGCCCCAGCCUUUCAGAGAUACAAUGUCAAGUCUUGACGUGUCAAUUCUUGUUUGGUGCUGCUCUUCCACACUAUGUGUGGACGCUGGCUGGCUCAGGCCUUCGCUCGACGCAAGAGCUUGGCAUCCAUAUGCGAGCUACGCUCCACCAAGCUGACCCCGUGCAACGCGAGAUGUUCACGAGGGCGUUCUGGUGUCUCUACCACCUCGAUCGGCUCAAUAGCUCGAUCAUCGGGAGAACCGUCGCCAUCCAGGACUCUGAUUUCGACCUUUACUAUCCUUCCGAUGUGAGCGGGUCCACAUCUGGUGAAUCAUCCGAAGUGUCCGUUUUCGUCCAGUUGAUCAAGCUCGAUCACGUCCUCGGAGCUGCGUUGCAGACUAUAUACGCUCAGAGAGCCAGCUUACGCAGCAAAGCAAUGCUUCAGGUCUCUGUUGACCAGCUCAACAAUGCUCUCAACGCGUGGUCUACCCAUCUCCCCGAAACACUGCGGUGGAGCCCGACCAUACCAGACUAUGUCUUGUUCCAGCAGGUGUCUACAUUAUCCUUGCAGUACUUUUACUGCCGCAUCUCAGCCAACCGUCCUUUGAUGGAGCCCAGUGCCUACGCCAAAGCCGACCCGUCCUCUGCAUUCGCACUCAGUCUCGAUGCGUCCCGCCGGAUAUUGGACAUUGUCAACUCGUGUCUGGCUCGUAGUCGACAGGAGCCAUUCCAAGCAGGUCCCGUCCUUGAUAUAAGCACUGCUCUGCCUAUAUGGCAAGCUGCUAUCAUCGUGCUCAUCGACGUCUACUCGAGCAGCAGGCAGACUACAAAACAACGUGAUGCGAGCUUGCAGCUAGUGAGGGUUGCUUUUGAUGCCAAUCAAGAGCUCGAGGGCCAAUGGAAGAUGGCGGGCAAGUUCAAUGACAUGUUAUCUGUCCUGGGCGACACCGAAGUCCUUCCGAGUCUCGAAGGCGGGGAAAGCGCUCAAAAUCAGCUUUCGAACUCGAGAGAUCAUCCUGCAGGGCGGCAAGCUCCUUUCCAAUCUUUCGCCAAUAAUGCCGCAUCGACGUCAUCCACCCGUUCUACACUGGCCAACGAUGCCGUCCCCAUUCCUUACGCCCAUUCCCGUAAUCCGUCUCACACCCCGCCCCCGCGGGGAGGACAGUUCUCAGGCUUCUUACCGCAGCAAUUCCCAAUUGAUCCCGUGCUGGCUUCGCAGGAUGAGCAGCAUGCCGCUCUGGAACACGAGCCGUUGGGUUGGUUGUUGGCGAUGAGCAAUCCGGGCGCACAGGGGAAUGGCGAAAUCGCCGGAGUCAACGGAGCUUUUGGCGAUGGGGAUGUAUGGGCGCAGCUGUUUGACGGAGGCUCUUUCUUCUGUGAGUGCUAG